AUGCGGCUGAUAUCUACUCUCCGCGACAUCUUCUCGCUGGAGACACUUGACUCCCGCUUCACCGAUGGCACUUUAAAGACCGCUCACGAGAGCCGUGAGAGCAAAAAGGUGCGCGAGGAGGCUGGCCCCGCGCGGUGGAAGACCCCCGAGUUCUUUCUCUACUAUGUUGUCUUUGCCAUUGCCGUGCCUAGUAUGUUCAAGGUUGCAAUUGACCUCUCCCAAGAAUCGCACCCAAACUACCCCAAAUACAAACACCUGCUGUCGCCGGGAUGGAUCCCUGGCCGCCAGGUCGACAACUCGGAUCACCAGUUCCGGUCCUUCCGCUCCAACAUGCCGAUUCUAUUCUGUGUGCUCGCCCUGCACUCUGUUCUCCGCCGAAUCUUUGACUACGCCUUCAACACGGCCUUCCCGCCCCCGCCCGUCACCAGCUCCCACCGCGCCUCGCACAACAUCACGCGCCGCAAUAUUUUCGACGUCCUUUUUGCGCUCAUCUUCCUGACGGCCCUGCACGCCUUCAGUAUCAUCAAGAUCCUGGUGAUCCUGACAGGGAACUACCUUAUCUCAUUCUUCCACCCCACCUCCAUUGCCAACCCAAUUCUUACAUGGAUCUUCAACAUGGCCGUCCUCUUCGCCAACGAGUACUGUGACGGCUACCGCUUCGCCACGAUUCUCCCCUGGCUCAUUGCCGGCGAGGGCGCGGGCGUCGGCGAAGCAAUGGACAAGGCCUUUGGUGGUGGCCUGCUUCCGCGCUGGAGUCUCAGCUUCAACAUCACGGUGAUGCGCCUCAUCUCCUACAACCUCGACCACUACUGGGCCGCCAAGCGCCGCGAGGAGGGCGCCGCCGGUGGCGCCGCUAUCGAGGUACGUACAUUCACAGCCGCCACCACCAGCACCACCCCCCCACCACCGGGGCACCAACAUCACCGCCGGCGGAGCGACGAAGAGUCGCGCCGUGUGUCGACGGACCGCGCCAGCGCCGGUGGUGACGAUGACGGCGAUAACCAGCGGCUGAUGGCGGACGUGCAGAAGAAGACGCUAGAGCCCGGGAAGCUCACGGAGCGGGAGCGCAUCGACCAUCCGGCGAGGUAUGAGGACUAUGGCUUUUUGAGCUACCUUGCGUAUGCGCUGUACUCGCCGCUGUACCUUGCCGGCCCUAUAUUGACGUUCAACGACUUUGUCUACCAGCAACGCUACCCCUCCUCCACCAUUGGCUUCACCCGCCACGUCCUAAAAUACGGCCUCCGUCUCCUUUUCACAAUUCUCACCAUGGAGGUCAUCCUGCACUACACCUACGUCGUCGCCAUCUCCAAGACCGCCAGUCGUGGCUCCUGGGCCGGCGACACCCCCGCGCAGCUGUCAAUGAUCGGCUACUUCAACCUGCACAUCAUCUGGCUCAAGCUCCUCAUCCCAUGGCGCUUCUUCCGGCUGUGGAGUCUCCUCGACGCCGUAGACCCGCCGGAGAAUAUGCUGCGCUGCAUGAGCAACAACUAUUCGGCAGUCACCUUCUGGCGCGCAUGGCAUAGAUCGUAUAAUCGCUGGACCGUCAGGUAUAUCUAUAUCCCCCUCGGCGGCGCGACGCGGCCCGUGCUGGGGAUGGUCGUGGUGUUUACGUUUGUGGCGCUGUGGCAUGAUUUGAGCUUUAAGCUUCUGAUGUGGGGGUGGAUGGUGGUGCUGUUUAUACUGCCGGAGCUGGUGGCGCGGCGCAUUGUGACGAAGAGGAGGUUUGCGGGGAGGGAGAGGUUGUAUCGCAAUUUGUGUGCGCUGGGGGGCGUCGCGAAUUGUCUCAUGAUGAUGGCGGCGAACUUGGUGGGGUUUGCGAUUGGCGUGGAUGGGUUGAGGGAUUUGAUGAGGGGUGUGUUGGGGGCGUGGGAGGGCGGCGUGUUUAUGAUGGUUGUGGGAGGGUGCUUGUUUGUGGGGGUGCAGGUCAUGCUGGAGGUGAGGGAGGAGGAGGCGAGGAUGGGGGUUAAUUUGAAGUGUUAG